UGUGUAUCAAUUACAAAUUUAUAUAAAGGAUUGAUGAUUAUAUCCAAUCAUAUUAAACUUAAAAUCAUUUUCGUGAUUGUGCAAUUUUUAUACUUCAAUUUAAGUUCAAAAAGUUCAAGAAAAAAAAAUGAACAAAAAACGAAAUAAACGAAAAAAAAGAAACGAAAGAAACAAACCUAUAAAAGAUAUGUCGACUGUCAAAAUUGCAUUAAUUACUGGUGCAAAUAGGUUAUUGGACCAUUCGGCAAAAAAUACUAAUGAACAAUUUAAGAUUGUUCUCGCCUGUCGAAACAAAACGCGAGCUAUUGAUGCUCAAAACGCACUAUUAAAAGAGUUCACAGGAGGACUUGUUGAAAUCGUUCUAGUAGACGUGAGCUCAGUUAAGUCUGUGUUCGAAUGUUGUAAAGAAGUGAAAAAAAGAUUUAAUCGAAUUGAUCUAAUUUUUUGCAACGCGGGAAUUUUACCGUGUACACAUGUUGAUUGGUCGGUAGUAGCCAAACAACUUGUUUUUAGUCCUAUUGCACUAAUGUCAAGAACAGAUUGCAUAGUCCAGCCCGUAGGAAAAACUACGGCUGAAGGUUUAGGUGAAACCUUUGCUUGUAAUGUAUUUGGACAUUAUGUUAUGAUUCGAGAGCUCGAAAACUUACUAAUUAAAACAAAAAAUUCUCGUAUUAUUUGGACGAGUUCAUGUACUGCUACGAAAGAAAAUUUUAAUUUGGAAGAUUAUCAAGCUAUUAAAGAAAAUGCUCCCUAUGAAUCGUCUAAACGAAUGACAGAUUUAAUUGCCAUUGGACUUAAUUCUCGCUUAAACAAACAUGAUAUUUAUAGUUUUGCAACUCAUCCUGGAAUUGCUGCCACAAACAUCGUACGAGAUCAUCUCGGUUGGGUUAUGGGUUACGGAAUGCUAAUAGGACUGUUCGCGGCACGAACUUUUUUAGGAAUGAGAAAUCAAACUGUCACCAAUUGGAAUGGAUCAUAUUCUAAUUACUACGUUGCAACUCAACCUAUUGAUCUUUUAAAUAAUGCCGCUAUAAAAAAAUUUGGUAGUUAUUGUAAUCGUUUUGGCGAGGUAUAUGUUGAUACUGAUGAUAUUGAAGAUUAUAAUGAAGUUGAGACAGAAGCUUUAUUCAAUAAGUUAAAUAAAUUAUUAGAUGAAUUUCGUGUCAAGUACAAUAUUAAGUCUUAAAUUAGUAUUUUAAUUAUUUUAAUUUAACUGUAUCAUUAAUCAUUAUUUUUAUAAUUUA